CUCGUAAACACAGACCUAUGCUGUGAAUACAAGGGGACUGAAUAUAUGCAUUUGGUAAAAAUGACCUUAGAAAUGAAGGUAACCGCACUUUCCUUUGACAUAUCCAUUGGUAAAAUUGCCGACGCAGAGAAUGUCUGUUUAGAUACAUUGAUGAAGGACACAAAGAAUCUGCUAGAGCUUGUUGAGGAACUGAUAUCAGAAGAAGAGUCAGAUGAAGUGACCACAUUAAAGUCUGAAAAUGAAAGUCUCAAAAGCGAAGUGAUGCGUCUUCAGAGAGAAACUGAACUGCUGAAGAAACAGGGUUGUUCAAGUAAACCUGUGGCAACAGAAGUGGAGAUGGAAUCCGUAACUUUGUCAUGGGACCAAUCGUCUGAUUUAAGGGACACUGACUACUACCAAGUACACUACAAAGAAGAGACCGAUUGCGAAUGGAGUAUACAUCCAGAAAAGUAUAGAAGUACAACAGCUGUUUUGGCAAACUUGAAGCCUGGUGCAACAUAUAUAUUCCGCAUCAAAACAGUUAGUGAAACAGAAAAUGUAUACAGUUUCGAAAGUGAUGCCAUUGUCACGCUGCAUUCGCAAGCUGCUCUUCUUUUGGAAGAAGCCGAAAAACUAGAAGACUUUUCUUUUGCUAUUUAUUUACUUCCGGUGACUGAAGUUACCAAAAACGACAAGACAAAGAUAAUGAAAUAUCUUGUUGAUGCUGGAAACAAACAAGAACAGAAGUGUAGAAUCGAUUGCGAAUGGCCGUUCGAAUUUGGAGAAGAUGAUCGAGAUGAACUGGAUAUUGCACUUGAAUCUAUGUUGUCAGGAAUGGAUGAGAGGCAACUGAGCCCGUUUGACAAAGUAAUAUAUUCCAGAGGAAACACAGAAGAACGGAAAUAUAGAAACAUUUAUGAGCUUCCAUUACAUUUUAGAGCAGAUGAUCAAGAUCAACAAGACAGUGAACUGGAAACUGCUUUUCAUCAG